GUCUUUGGUCUUUUUAUAAACUGGUUUGAUAAAUUCAAAGGAGUGCCUUCUCAAAGAAUAAAAAAAUAUAUUUCCAAAUUUAACGUUAACGAUCGAACUAGCUAGACCAGUUUGUGAAAAUGGGCGAUGCAAUGAGUCCCGGACCCAUAGAGGCUCUUAUCAAUAAAGCCAAAGAUAUUUCCGACAGCAUGGCUGAACUUGAGAUAAGGGCCGACGAGCUGUUAAAGGAAGCGGAGAAAGUAAACCAGGACUUGGCCAAUUGCCGUCAGUUUCGCGAGGAGCAGGUACUAAAAUAUCUAUCGGAAAACAGCGACAAGGAUCAAAUGGAAAUGCUGCGAGAAAAUAUCGAACUGAAAGAGACCGCCGAAGAGUUCCAUCAAGGCAUUAAGAAGAUCAUGGAGAAGUUCCGAGAGCAUAAGGAAGACGAUAUGUUCAUCGAUAGCUAUCAGCUGAAGGAGCGCUAUUUGGCUGGACUGACGGAAGUUGUUCUAGAACAGGACGCCCGGAUCGAAAAGAUGGUGGAAGUGAUGAAGCUAAUAGCCGAGGUUGAGGACCGCAGCAGCGAGGAGAACCAGGAAGUUAUCCGUUAUCUCAGCAGGGAAAAUGAGGAGAUGCGUCGCAAGUUACAGAUUAGUAACAAGGAUGAGCCUUUCCGUCAGGGAACUCUUGGCUCCAGCGAAAAUAGCACCCAGAUUGAGCUAACUGACUCCUUAGAUCCGAAUGCCUUUGGCGCGAAUAGCAUCAGCAGCCUGGACAGUUUCCUAUCAUGCCUAUCACCCAGUUACAUGGAGAAUGGCUCCCCUGACGAUGGCUCCCCAACCAGCUCGUUGGUUAGCGAACUCGAGAUCAAUUGUUUCAUCGAGGAAGCUCUCUCCGAGAAAACCGAGGAAUUGCCAACCAGCCAAGAGGAACAAACAUCUUAAUACACCCACUGAUAUGUUGCUAAAACUUACAAGAUUCAUUGUUUGUGUUUAAUAAUUUGGACUUGGGCUCUUAGCUUGGAAUUAAAUUAUAAUUCGGACUGGAAGCAGUUCUCAGAUAUUCCCCAUGGAGUCUAUAACUUUUUUCCAGUCCGAUUUGUAAUUUAAUUAUUGUCUACACUAUGCACGAAACACUGACUGCUGUCUGUCUACUGUUGCUGUUUUUAAACACUCUUGUUACUUUCAUAAAUACAAAUAUAUCAUUUUACACAGAAA